UGUCUGGAGGCGGAGUGAUCCGAUGGUCAGUACAGCGGUCCUGGCGGCGAUUCCGUCCCGGAGUCUUCGGCUAUCUGGGAUCAGUGAAGAAGCUGAUUUCUGUUCACAGGAUGGACGGCAGCAGGGACAAUGGCUCCUAUCCUGCAAUCACUACUAACAUUCACAAAUAUUCUCAUGAAAGUGUGGAUGAUGUAGAGGAGGAAGCAGAAGAACCAUCAUCACCCUUUCGGUCCCGUCUGUAUUUGGCGGGUUUGGGGAUUUUUUGUAUCCUGCUAGCUGGAACAGCUAUCUACCUGAGCAUUAAGGUUAACAAGCAGCAGGAAGAUAUCAAUGACCUUAGAACAGAGAAAAGGAAACUGACUGAGCACGGAAAGAUAACAAAGAACCAGGAGCUGAGCCGAAUGAGCCAAGCAGGAGAGGAGCUGUUUCGAAAGAAGGAGGAGCUGAACCGUAUAAGAAAUACGCUGCAGCUAGUGAACGGAGACAGAGCGUUGCUGAGACGAGAGAUGGAGGAGCUGAGCCGAGAGACGGAGGAGCUGAGCCAAAAGAGAGAUGAGCUGAACCAGUUGUACAAAGAGAAAGAUGAGCUGAGCCAUGCAAGAGAUAAAUUAACCCAAGAGAUUAAAAGGCUGACCCAAGAGAGAGACAAGCUGAGCCAAGAGAGAGAAGAGCUGAAGGAAACUCUGGAAUUCAUCCAGAAGUUUGACACCUUUUCAGUUAAAGACAACUGCCCCAACAAAAGGUGUAAGCCGUGCCUGCAAAACUGGAUUCUCUUUAAGAAAAAAUGCUACCUGUUUUACGACAAACCAGCUCCUUGGAAGACCUGGGAACAAAGUCGAAGGUUCUGUCAGGAUAGAGGAGCAGAUUUGGUUGUAAUUGAUGAUCUGCAGGAGCAGAUAUUUGUCAACAAACACAUUAAAUAUUACUAUAGUAAACACCACGGAUACUGGAUAGGACUACAACAGGUUAACAACACCUGGACCUGGAUUGAUGGACAUGUAGACACUCUUGGGUUCUGGGUGAAGGAGGUCAGUUCAAAAACACAUGGAUUGAUACUCCCAAGAAAAGACGCCACUGAGAGCUGGGAACGUCAAGACAAAUGGUUUCAGAGCAAAUUCAUCUGUGAGCAAAACGCUCAACUGAGGUCCAACUGACUGACUGUUCCCUUAAAGUUUCAUGCAGGAGUGAUCAACUGUGUCAUGAAUUUCUAUAUAAAGUCAUCAUCACCUUAAUAAUC